AUGGGUUAGUGUACUUCAAAAAAGUAAAAAAGAAUACUCUUAAACAAAUAACAUCAAUCAACUUCUUCUAAUAGUUAAACUCCAAUCUAGCAAAAAGGACAAUAGGCUUUAAAUUUACAAAAUAUCCAAUCUUCCAAUUUACAUGGCUAAGAGAAGAAUGAAAUUGAAGUUGAAGAAAAGGCCUCACCUCCACCAAAAUUGUAUUUUAAUGGGAAUCAACCAACGGCUAGAAAAGAGAGCAUUUUUGGAAGACCAAAAGUUUAAAGUGUGAGACUCAGCUAAUAAAACUUUCACAAUCAUAAGGAAGAAGUUAUAUUUGGUAGGAAAGUUCAUCUUUCCCAUCCUCAUUUAUUAUAAUGA